GUAAGAAGUAGCAUGCCGGCGUAAACAACGCGGUGUUUGUUAAUUUCCAUUUUAUUAUACGAUAUUGAGUAAAGAUUACUAAUAUGAAGGAAAAAGAUCUUAAACGUGCUUAUAAUAAUGUACUCUCGCAAACCAUAUCCACAUCGCAACGAUUUCUGUUUUGUGGCAAUCUCCUCGGCGACAUUUUUAUUCUUGACCUCAAGGAGCUGGAUAAGGGCACAGAGGAGCCACCAGGCAAGCUAAAAUUAAGCGCACAGGGCAGCGACGUGGACAUCAACUGCCUUGCCUUCCAUCGGGACUAUCUCAUUGUGGGUGCCAUUGGUCUGAUCUAUGGUCUGCAGUGGAAUGAAGAGGAGCAGUUGCUUAGUACAAAACGAGCGUGGGAAGUCAAAAUACCAAUGCAGGUGGACGCGGUUGAGGUGCCGGAUGUCAACUCAAUGUGGCUGCACUCUGAUACCGAUACAUUGUAUGCGGGCUGUGGGGAUGGCGUCAUCUACCAAAUAAGCUUGGAGGAUGGACGAAUUCAGCGUGAAUUUCGCGGCCACACUGACUAUGUGCACUGCGUCGUGGGCAAUGCAAAUGGUUGCAUCUAUUCCGGCGCAGAGGAUGGCACUGUACGCUUUUGGAACGACAAGGAAAAGGAACAGACAGCCAUGCUUGAACCCCAUAAAAACUCACAACUAUUGCGACCCGAUUGGGGCAAAUGGAUUGGUGCCGUUGCCGUCAACGAUGACUGGCUAAUUUGUGGCGGUGGUCCCAGACCAGCCAUAUGGCAUUUGGGUUCAUUAGAAUGCACGCGUACCUUGGACUUCCCCGGUCGUGUGCACGUUUGUGAUUUUGUGGAUGAUUGUGUGCUGCUCGGCGGAGAACAUAAUCAUGUACAGUUCUACACACUUAAUGGAGCGUUGCAGUCCAAUAUACCUGUGGAGCAUACGGCCUGCUACUCCAGCGUGUGGCAGACGACACCCUUCAAGUUCAUGUCCAUCUCUGGCUUUAGUAAUAAGCUCCAUAUUUUAAAAGAUUUUCGUUUCCUGGACAGCAAAAUCGACCUUUAUGGCAAUGUAGAGGGCAAGGAUGCGGACACCGAUGAGAGUGAGGAGGAAGCUAUCUUCUGUGGCGAUGCCCUAUAAGUUAUGGCACUUGUAUGUACACUCGAUUUGCCUCAGUUGUCCAUUAUGUGAAUAAAUUAAGCAACAAAUAUGA